AUGGAUAACAGGUCGAACGAAAACCCCCAAGCUGAUCCAGCAGCGUUCAUCGCUAAUGGUGAAGCCACACAUGCGAGACAAGCUGUCCCAGAGACAGUGCGUCAAGCAAACCACCCGGCUGGUCAGCAACCUAGUUCAUCUGGGGAGCAGACUGGCCCAAACACAUUCCUGGACUGGCAGGUAGUGGACCGCAGGCCCAAGAAGCGACCCACUAGUGGGAAGCCUCACCUAGCCAGAGCCGGGAAUUCUUCCUCUUCCAACCCACCCCCCCCUGUUCAACGUCAAGGUGGGGUGGCUAAGAAGAAGAAGAAAAAUAAGAACCAGAGGCGCGCGGCUCGGCUAGCACGAGAUCAGCAGCUGGGCACCACACAGACACACACACACACACAGACACACAACCCUGCAACCGAGGAGGGAGCACGGGCUUCUCAGAAGCCGGCACCCGAACCGGCGCCGAACAAGCAGGAUGCUGCUGGCAAGCCUCCGCCGAAGGGGAAAGGUUCCAUCCUACCCCCUAAGGCAGGAAGGUCGGCCAGUAGCCCUGCUGUUCCGCCUGCAGUUCCACCCAAACGACGGCCAGGCAAGUUCGCACGAGCCGCUGCUAAAAGGACGCGAGAAGAGUCCUUCUCCCCGCAAGGAGAUAACAAAAAGCAGCGACUAGUGAGCCCCAGCCAACCGAAAGCGUCGUACGCACAAGCAGCGGCAUCUGACCUGACGAUCGUCAUCACGGACGCAAAGUCGGGCAAGAUCUCCGCUGAAACAUCCCACGCCAUUCUCCGCGGGUUGCACCAAGCAAUCGUGGUGGAGGCGAGAAAGAACAUCGUGGGAGCCCGGCCACCUAAAUUCAAGGGUAAACCGGUUUUCGCUGAGGGGCAGCUGAGGGUCUUCGCAGAGGACGAAUACUCGGCCGCCUGGUCUCAGCGAUGCAUCCAGUCCCUAACCUUGCCAGACAUCUCCCUAACGGCAGUUCGCCAGUCGGAGAUGGCAAGGAGAGUUAAGUGCGGGCUCCUUAUACCCAACAUAAACAACUCGUCCUGGGAAGACGUCCGUCAGGCAGCUGACGGACUGAAGUACCAGAAUGAAUGGGCCAAGGUCGGCACUUGGUCCAUCAUUGAGAUACUGCGGCAAGACCAGGGGUGGUUUGUCGCCUUCACAAUCCCCGAAGACCUCGUCCCCGCCUUUAUGGAGAGGGGGAGAUCCCUGAACUGUGGAGUGGGUAAUGUCUACCUCAGGUUCAGGGGUCCCGGAGGCAAAUACCUGGACCAGCCUCCCACCCUGCAGGACUCCACCCUAAGGGUAACGGGAGCACAGGUCCCUAGUCGACAGGCCCCGGGCACCCCCGGUCAGAGUAAAUCUGCCUCCGGAGAGGAAGUUGCCCCCCCAUCGAUGCCCAAGCCAACGACAGCCGAACCCUCGGAGGAUGAACUCCUUGGCACUGGUGAUGAACCAGCCGGGACAUCAUCCGACGGUGAGUACCUGUCGGCUUGGAUAGAGACGGGGCUGGCCGACAUGUUGAAGGAGGGAGGGGAGAUGCAAGACGGAGACCCCACCACCGACAACAUGGACACCGGCUAGUGUCCUACAAGCAAACCUCCAGCACAGCGUGGCCGCUACGGCCCAACUGAGACGCUGCCUGGUAGGUUUGCCAACAGCCGUUGCCCUCCUACAAGAACCAUGGGUGGGCAACGGUCACAUACGCGGGCUCUCCGACACGAAAGGUAAGCUCUAUUACUCCACGGUACACGCCGUCCCUAGGGCUUGUAUCCUAACCACUAACAAUAUCAUUGCACAACCGCUCACUGAGUUCUGUUCCAGAGACCUGUGUGCGAUUAAACUACAAGUUCCACUGCCAACAGGCUGUCGCGACCUAGUCCUCGCCUCGGCGUACAUGCCCGGAGAGGACGAGCCGCCGCCCGCCGAACUACAACGACUGGUCAGCCACUGCGAGAGAGUGGGCCUCGCAUUAAUCAUCGGGGCCGACUCCAACGCACACCACCCGCUGUGGGGAAUGGAGACCAGUAACAACAGAGGUGUCACAGACAGUCCCCUAUGCAGAGGAUGCAUGGAGACAGAAGAAACAGCCUCUCACGUGGUGCUGGAGUGCAGCGGAGUGGCCCCAUACAGGGCAAAACAUCUCGGAUCCCCGAGAGACCUCC